AUGCCUGUAGAGAACGGACGACUGGAAAUUGGCGAUUACGAGCUGCUCUGGAUGAAGACGAUCGAAAUGCUCAGCGUUCUCAACGACGAGAUACGUCUGGUCCGGCGACUGUACAACCGGCCUGUGACGGGGAGAAGAGCAAAGACCAAGUUCCCGAAAGAGAUUCGCGUCUACCUGCGCCAGUACUACUCCAAAGAGAUCAAAACCGAAGUCGUCGUCGACAGAAUUCGCAACAGAUUAGGAAACGCUUGA